GCUGAGUGUUGAGUUUUGUCUAUGGUGACCCUAAAUUUCCGCCAUUUUCUUCUUCCCAAUCGCCGGAUUUCAUGCUCAUGGUACCAGCGCUUCAUUCCAUUUUUGACGGGUAUCCUUCAGCUCAUCAAAUCAUCGACAGCAGCGAUUCGUGACAACCACCCAUGCCUGUGAGCGCAGUAAAGCUCCUCGCGCUUGAGUAUACCUAGCCGUUUUUGGCAGUCGGUUCGCCAAAAAGCGGGCUCUUCUCUCGCUCUGCAUCCCUCGACUGUCGGAGCUCCUCGAUGAGCUCUGUCUUGCUAGCCAACGCGAUGGACAGUUCUGUGACAGAAUCCUUGAGCAGCUUGAUUUCGGCUCGCAGGAUUUUGUUCGGCAUUCAGGGCAUUCUCCUGGCCUUCGGCUUCCGAUUUGACAAUCGAGUCAUCUUGCCCCUCGUCGGUUGGCUUUCUCUUCUUGUGUCGUGCCAUUGGUUUUGGUUGGUAACUUUCAGUCCUGAAGCGUCGGGAUGCGGGCUGACGGUUGGAUGUGAGCUGGGGGUGAACCGUUUUCUAGUCAGUACAUGCCCCGUAAACUCGAGUGAAAUCCCAUGACGUACAAGUGUUGGACAACUGUGGACGUAGGAUCGGUUCGCUGUCUGCUUUUCGUAACCUCAAUGUCCAGUGUCGGAGUGAACAAGGAGCAGGG